AUGUAUAAUUGNUUAGAGGAACAAGCUGAGUUGCAACAAGCCAUUGAGCUUCAAAGCCGGAGACUGAUGAGUCUGCAGCUUCUUGAUGUGAAGAGGCAUAGCCAUCACCGGACUCUCUCCACCGGUGCUGCCAUUCCUUCUCCCACACACUCUCCGAACUUUCUCAAUCGGACUAUGUUUAGUCCUUCAGAUACCAGCAAUUUGGAAGUGAUAGAAGAGAAUGGUUCAAGUCCGGUAAUGGCCGCUCCUGCAACCAAUCAGAACUUCCCACAAAGUGCAAAUGUGAGUGACAGAGAGAGAGACUUUUCAACUCUGAGAAAUGAGAAUGGCAAUGGCAAAAAAAGCUUUACCAAGGAAGAAAAUAAUUUGCCAGAAAGCUUGGAGCACAACCUCCCUGAUAGUCCCUUUGCAUCUCCUAAAGCUGCCGGAGAUUACUUGACGGCUUUCUCGAAUGCUGCCGGUGAGGCCAACAAGAAUGCCGCUGUUUUAGCACCUGCUUCUGUUAACAGUAACUUGAUUGCUUCAUCGUUACUACCUGCUACUUCCACAUUGGAUAUUGCUUCCUUCAAAUCUUGUUGCUUCCAAGCUCCCAGGUUCUCUUCUGGUCAUGGAGCCAUUGGAAUGUAGGGCUGGGCCGCUGGGCCCGGGUUGAGCUUUAGCUUGAUUAGAUUAGGUAAGUGAUUACUAUCAUUGCAUUAUUACACCUAAUCCGACAAAUUUUAUUCUCUUCACGCACCUCCUUAUUGGAAUAUGUUUUUUUAAUGAGGUUAGGUACUUUGUUUUUGGCUGUUUUUGUGGCAUUUUUACAGGAAGAAGAUUUGAUAAACAUGACCCAACACCAAAAACUCAUUCAAAUUUCUAGAGAAGUCAACACCACCUCAAAUCAUCAACAUCAUCAAUCAUAAAUUCUAUACUACUUACUACAUAAUACAAAUGCAUAGAUAAAAGGCAGUGAAGGAAGUGGGUCCAGCCAUUUUCUCUCUCUUUGUUGUACACUAUUUUCAGUCUCUCACAUAUCAGUUAGCUGAGGUUGGACCACAGGAAACAAAUAGUACAGUAAUCAAAGGGUUCAGUGUAACAGUAGCUCCAGAGAUUAAUUUUCUUCCCUUUUUCUCUCUAUUCAUGGCUUCCCCAGUGUAUAUCAUGGAGGACCCAUGUGUAGUUUGUGUUAGGCUGUGUUGUUACCCUUUAGGAAAGAUCAUUGAUGUACAGCAGAAGCAGAUACCAGAAGAUCAAGAAGAAGAAAAAAGAAGUGAUAGCAUAUUUUGUAACUACAAAGACUGUUUUGGUACUCAAAAAGGUAAGUGGGGUGUUUAAACAGGGGUGGAGAAGGAGGGUAUGGAAGGUAAAUAGUUACAUCUGUUCAGGUACUACAGAAAUGGUAUCUUUUAUGACUGUUGUUGUAAUUGUUAUGAUUACUAUUACACUAUCAACCUUUAGAUUUGUAGACAGAAAAAGAAAGUUUAGAAAUGAGAAAGAGAAAUAGAAAGGUGUUUUUAUU